GGACGAACAGUAUCGAUCUUAGCAAUUUCAAGGGUUCACAUGUUAAGUUCAUUUCUCGUCCAAGCCAAAUUCUGGUAAACCCCUGAUUUCCCACGACGGAGAUUGUAUAGUUGACACUUGAUAGAACUAAACAUGGCGAUUGCUGCUCUCUUUCAGUGUUUUAUGCAUCAGUAAGAUGACUAGAAAGCACACCAGACCUCCAAUGGAGCUCGAUCUAGACGCCUUCUUGCAAUCACACGACACCAUGGGCAGUGACGAUGAUGAUCAGCACCACGGCAGCACCGUCGAUGAACUUCUCCUCAUCGACUCUGAUGAGUCUUCUCCUUCGUCGUCUCCCCGAUCGUACCCUAUUUCGCAUGACGUAAGUAGCCCCCAAAGCAACACUAAUCCAGUUGAUGCCAGUUACUCUGAUUCCUCGCGAUUAACACCUCCCCAAUUAGUAAACGAUAGAGAUAGACAAUCAAAGUUUCGUUCAAUUAGUCAAAUAAAUUCAGGCGACACUUUCAGUGUUUCACGACAAUUGCCUCCGUUAUUCGGUGCCGUUAGGUCGAAUGCUAAGCCUGGGGCUGCCCUUGCAGCCGCUGCAGCAGCUUCGCGGUCGAUUCCGACCCCACAUGCGGCUGCCAUUAAAUUAAGAAGGGAGAAGUCUAGUAAUGAAAGCUUGGAUCCGAAGGCCAGUAUUGGUUCUGAAUUAUGCUAUGAAAGUGGCACAGGUUCAGAAAUUAGUCAUUCAGAUGCGAAAUUAUUCGAGGAAGAUCUUAAACUGGAGAAUUUAGAAACCGCGCCAGUAGAAUCCACUGGAAGUUUUGAAGCCAGUGGGGAAGUAAAUGCUGGAGAUGGAAGUAGGAAUGGGUGGAGAAUUACUGAUGAAGAUUUCCCAUGUGAGGAGAUGAAUACAGAUGUGGCUAAAGCCUCCGAAGUGGAUAGUUUUGCACUUGAGUUUGGUGAUGAUACUCGUAGUUCUGCUGCUAAACCACAGAUUAGCUCUCCUUUGAAUAAUGAGGAUGGGUUUAACAGCACCACGUCAGUUUUAGAUAGCAGGAGCAAUGAGCUCAUUGAAGGCAACCAUACGGAAUCUGCACAUAUUUCUACCUUAUCUAUAGCGGAAAUGUUCCCUUUUUCCCAUGAGCACGUGAAUGCUAAAGAGGUUGAGGUAUCAUCAGAAGGUACAAAACUCCAUGAAAAUAAUGUGGAAUUUGGCCUCCAAUCAGAAGGGGACGACAUGCCAGCACAAAGUGAUGUUUCUGUUGGCAUGGACAGUAUUCUCCAUCAAGAAAAUGAAAAGAAUGAUGGAAGGACACAAGCAUUGAAGCCCCUUCAAUUUGCUGAGGAGCUUGAAAAGAAGCAUGCUUUUACUGGUUUGCAUUGGGAAGAAGGUGCAGCUGCUCAACCAAUGAAACUUGAGGGUGUUCACAGAGGAUCAACUGUGUUGGGAUACUUCAGUGUCAGUACUGAUAACACCAUCACCAGGACAAUAUCUUCUCCAGCAUUUAGGCGAGAUCAUGGAACCCCACAAGCACUAGCAGUUCAUCUUAACUACAUUGCAGUGGGAAUGUCGAGAGGGGUGAUUGUUGUUAUUCCCAGCAAAUACUCUCCACAUUAUGCUGAUAACAUGGAUGCCAAGAUGUUAAUGCUUGGAUUACAAGGUGAUAGAUCUUAUGCCCCAGUCACAUCCAUGUCCUUCAACCAGCAUGGAGACCUCCUUUUUGCAGGAUAUGCUGAUGGGCAUUACACUGUUUGGGAUGUCCAGAGGGCCUCUGCUGCAAAAAUUGUCACUGAACAUAAAGCUCCAGUAGUACACAUGCUAUAUCUGGGGGUGGAUUCUCAAGUGGCUCGUCAUUUCAACAUAGUUAGUGGUGAUAGUAAAGGUGUGGUUAAGUUGAUUCGCUUUUCUUCAUCGUCAUUUUUCAAUAGGUUCUCAACUUCUAAAACCUUGACACUUCUUGAUGAAGCAACAAGCACGGUUGUUUGCGCUUCACCCCUACUAUCAGAAGAAAGUUCCGGAGGUUCUUCCAGCAUUCCAGGAGACUCGACUUUGGGUGAAGAAGGUGUGGUCAUAUUUGUCACUCAUCAAUCUGCUCUAGUGGCAAAAGUCAUUUCCAACACCCCAGAAGUUUAUGCUCAACUUCCUAGGCCUGAUGGGGUCCGCGAGGGUUCGAUGCCUUAUACUGCUUGGAAAUACAUAGCCCCUUCACGUGUUGUUUCAGAUAACGUACAGUUAAAAGAAUCCGAAACUGCUCCACUCCUUGCAAUUGCUUGGGAUCACAACGUACAGGUUGCAAAAUUGGUCAAGUCAGAACUAAAAAUACAUGCAAAAUGGAGCCUCGAGAGUUCAGCAAUCGGGGUGGCUUGGCUGGAUGAUCAGAUGUUAAUGGUGCUGACAUCAGCUGGACGGCUGUGUCUGUAUGCAAAUGACGGGAGUUUAAUUCAUGACACAAGUUUUGGUGUUGAUGGAGGGAAGAGAGGAGAUGAUGUGAUUGGACAUCACACCCAUUUCAGCAAUGUAGAAAAAGCUCAUCACAAUUGUAUAGCUGUGAGGGGGGCUUCUUUAUAUCUUCUUGGGUCCACACAUCUUGUGGUGUCCCGCCUUCUCCCGUGGAAAGAACGCAUAGAAGUUUUACGAAAAGGUGGUGACUGGAUGGGCGCUUUCAACAUGGCAAUGAUGCUGUAUGAUGGUCAAGCCCAUGGUGUGUUUGACCUUCCUAGAGCAUUGGAAGAUGUGCAAAAGACGAUAAUGCCCUACAUGGCUGAGUUGCUGUUAGCGUAUGUAGAUGUGGUUUUUUCUUACAUAUCAGUGGCAUUAGGCAACCAAAAAGAAAAGAUGGAUUCGGAGGGUGAUGGUGUCUCUGUGAUAAAAGACCAGUACACACGUGUAGGUGGUGUUGCAGUUGAAUUCUGUGUCCACAUCAACAGAACUGACAUCCUCUUUGACCAAAUUUUAUCCCGGUUUGAAUCUGUUCAACAAAAAGAGACAUUUUUGGAGCUUUUGGAGCCAUAUAUUUUGAAGGACAUGCUUGGAUCACUACCACCCGAGAUUAUGCAAGCACUAGUGGAACAUUAUAGCACAAAGGGCUGGCUACAGCGUGUUGAACAAUGUGUUCUCCACAUGGACAUAUCUUCCUUAGACUUCAAUCAGGUGGUGAGGUUAUGCCAGGAACACAAUUUAUACGGGGCCCUCAUAUAUUUGUUCAAUAAAGGUUUAGAUGAUUUCAAGACACCUUUAGAGGAGCUUCUGCGGGUAUUUAGAAACAGUGAUAGUGAGAAUGCUCCAUCUCUUGGGUACAGGAUGCUAGUUUACUUGAAAUACUGCUUUUCAGGCCUUGCUUUUCCUCCAGGACAUGGGUCUCUUUCCCCUGCACGCUUGCCUUCUCUUAGAAUGGAGCUUAUAGACUUCUUACUAGAACAUUCUGAUGCUCCAAGCACAUGGGGGUUGACAAACUUAUCAUCAACAGAAGCAUAUAAGAAUCUCUAUCAUCUCCUAGAAUUGGACACUGAAGCAACAUUGGAUGUUUUGAGAUGUGCGUUUAUCGAUUCAACACCAAAGGAUUCUAGAUCUCAAAGUCAAGAUCUGAUCCAAAAGACUGUAGAUGUUCUUGCUCUUGUUAUCAAAACAGGCAAAGCUAUUAGCACAUGGCCUUCAAAGGAUGAUACAGGUCAGAUUUUCGAGUAUUUGACAUUAGAUGCUAGCAUUCCGCUGAAUCUUGAAAGCAAAAAUAACGAUAUUUGUAAAAAAAGAGAAAAAGAGGUCCUAGCACUUUUGGAAGUUGUCCCAGAGACAGAUUGGGAUGAUAGAUACUUGUUAGACAUGUGUGAAAAAGCUCACUUUUACCAGGUUUGUGGCUUCAUUCAUAACAGCAAACACCAAUAUAUAGCUGCUAUUGAUAGCUUUAUGAAAGAUGUGGAUGAGCCAAUUCAUGUUUUCUCCUAUAUCAGUAAUUUAUUGCAACAAAACAACGACAAGAGGCCUGAUUCUUUGGAGGCUGUAGUCAUUUCACGAAUCCCACAUUUAGUACAAUUAAGCAGAGAGGGGACAGUUUUUCUAGUUGUCCAACAUCUUUUUCAAGAAUUCCAACAAAUCUUACUGGAGCUUAAGUCUCACCCGAAAAGUCUCUUCCUCUACCUUAAAACAGUUAUUGAAGUUCAUUCAAAGGGCACCCUCAACUUCAGUUCUCUAACAAAAGCUGAACCAAGGGUAGACAAUCAGACUGACAGACUACAUGAUUUCUUAGAAAAAAUCUCCGACUUCCCAAAGUUUGUACGUGAAAAUCCACUUCACAUAACUGAUGAAAUCACUGAGAUGUAUCUUGAGUUGCUGUGUGAGUAUGAACCCAAAUCUGUCCUGAAUUUCCUUGAGACAUGUGAAAGCUAUAGGGUAGACCAUUGUCUACGGUUGUGUCAAGAAUACAGGAUCAUAGAUGCUGCUGCUUUUUUAUUAGAAAGAGUUGGAGAUGUUGGAACUGCUCUUUCAUUCACACUUUCUGAUCUCAUGGACAAAUUUCACAUGCUUGAUGCUGUUGUUCAAAGUGUAUAUGAUCUCAAUGCAAUCAUGAAGAAGAAGGAGGUAAAUGACAUACUAUAUGUUGUGUAUACUUGUGUCGGACUGUGCCAAAGAAACAGCUCCCGCUUGGAUCCCAAUGAGUCCGAGGCCCUCUGGUUUCAAUUGCUGGACACAUUUUGUGAACCUUUAACAAAUCCAAAUCCAGGCGGAGGUGGAGAUAAUAAGGAUUGUGGAAGUAAGUCAAAGUGGAAGAUCAAAGGGUGUGAUGAAGGUGGUGACAUAUUGAGAAAAUUGUUUUCUAUUUUUAUUAAAGAGAUUGUUGAGGGAAUGAUAGGAUAUGUCCGGUUACCAACCGUCAUGAUGAAACUUCUCUCCGAUAACGGUCACCAAGAAUUUGGUGAUUUUAAGGCUACUAUACUUGGAAUGCUUGGAACAUAUGAUUUCGAAAGAAGAAUUUUGGACACUGCAAAAUCUUUGAUUGAAGACGAUACGUAUUAUACAAUGCGGUUACUUAAAAGGGGAGCUUCUCAUGGGCAUGGCCCACAAAGCCUUCUUUGUUGCAUAUGUAACUGUCUACUUACUAAAGACACUUCUGCCUCUGGAAUUCGAGUGUACAACUGUGGCCAUGCAAGCCAUUUGCAUUGUGCUCCACCGGGGACAGGGUCACGUACAGUGAGUAGGCCUUUAUCUAAAAACAAGUCUUCGCAGGGGAUUGGUGGGGUCCAUCUACACCCACACCUACACGAGACCGAUCCACUUGAUCGUCAAAUAUCAAGGUAUGAGAUAUUGAGUAAUCUUCAUAAAGAGAAAGAGAAGAGGACGAUGGUCCAAGUGGAUAACAUUCCACAGUUGAGACUUGCACCACCGGCUGUUUAUCAUGAAAAGGUGAAGAAAGGAGUUGGUAUGUUGAGAGUCGGAGAAAGCAGCGAUGGAAUUGGAAGUCAGAAAAAUACACAAAUUAAAGACCUCAAAAAAACUAAGGGAUCCGGUGUGCGGUUUCCCCUAAAAUCAAACAUAUUUGGUAAGGAAAAGACCAGCAGAAGGUGACAUGCUUAACUGCUGUUGCAUAAGUUAUAUCUAACAUAAACAUAAAGUCGAGCAAGCAGGCAAUCUGACACAUAUGUUUCACCCCGGGAUAUUGAUUUUGUUGUAUAUCGUUUUUGUAGUCUUCAUUUGUAAAAGUGUGUCUAGUCUAAUGUAUACUGUAUAGAGCGUAGGCAUGUUUAGUUUCUUUAUUGUGGUGUGAAUUGUGAUUGACAUGUAUAAUAAUAUUACAACUUAAUUCCGACAGGACACCAUUAAACAAUUUUGCAUAUCCAC